CAACCUCUCUGAUAUCCCAUUGAGUGAGAACUGCUCUGACUGCAAAUAUCUCAGCCCCCAUUCUUUCUCCCAGGCUCCAGGAUGGUGGUCCUGAGGGUCUCUGGGGCCCCGGGGAUGGCAGCUCUCAUGAUGUCCUUGAUGACGCUGAGCUCCCCUUUGGUUCAGAGCAGAGACACCCCAGAGCUUUACCUCUACCAGAGGCGGAGUGUCUGCUACGAGUUGAACGGGACACGCCGCUUCCUGGAACAAUACGUGUACAAAAGAGAGCUGUUCAUCCAGUUCGACAGUGACAGCGCCGCGGGGGUGUUUGUGGCGGACUCUGAGCUGGGCCGAGAAACUGCCAAGAACUGGAACAUCCAGAAGGAGUUCCUGGAGCUGAGACGGAGCGCCGUGGACACGGUGUGCAAGCACAACUUCGAGCUGGACGAGGGUUUCACGCUGCAGCGCAGAGUCCAGCCUAACGUGAACGUCUCCCCCUCCAAGAAGGGGCACCUGCAGCACCACAACCUGCUUGUUUGCCAUGUGUCAGAUUUCUAUCCCGGCCACAUUCAAGUCCGCUGGUUCCUGAAUGGACAGGAGGAAACAGCUGGGGUUUUAUCCACUAACCCGAUCCAUAAUGGAGACUGGACCUUCCAGAUGCUGGUGAUGCUGGAAAUGACCCCCCAGCAGGGAGAUGUCUACACCUGCCAGGUGGAGCACCCCAGCCUGGACGGUCCUGUCACCGUGGAGUGGAAGGCACAGUCUGAUUCUGCCCGGAGCAAGAUGCUGGCUGGAGUCGGAGGCUUCGUGCUAGGGUUCGUGGCUCUCGGAGUGAGCCUCCUUCUCCGUUUUAGAAGCCGUUGAGGUAAGAAACUUCUUGAAAGUGGU